CCCAUUCCCAAGAUGACCGCCAACAAGCGCGUCAGAGUGGGAAUAAUAGGCUGCGGCGAGAUUACACAGGUGGCACACAUCUCGACCUUGGGUUUCCUCUCUGAUUUCUUCACCGUCACGUACUUGUGCGAUGUAUCAGCAGAGUCUCUGAGGCACAAUGCUCAAAAGGUUAUCAACCACAUCCCCCAAACCACGCAGAAUCCGACCGAGCUUUGCGCUUCACCAGAUGUCGACCUGGUCUUCAUAGCGAGCUCUGAUGAGUACCAUGCCGUGCAUGUGAUAGAGGGCUUGAGGCAUGACAAGCAUGUUUUUGUUGAGAAGCCAAUGGCGCUGUGCGUAAGGGAUGCUGAUGCUAUUAUCGAGGCAGAGGGCAAAUCCAAAGGUAAAGUGAUGGUGGGAUACAUGCGUCGGUACGCUGCAGCCUUUGAGGACAUGACCAAGGAGAUCGGCGGCAUGGAUAAGAUUCUGUACGCUCGAGUUAGAGAUAUAAUCGGUCCCAACAGCCACUUUGUCGCACAAUCGGGCACAUUUCCAAAAGUCUUCACGGACUUCACACCCGAAUCCGUGCAAGACAGAAGUGACAGGGCAUCAGAAAUAGUACAUCAAGCAUUAUCAGUCGAAUGUGGGUUACCAAUCAAUCCCGAAUCCACGAGGAUGUGGCGACUGCUGGGUGGUUUGGGCUCUCAUGACUUGUCGGCAAUGAGAGAAGCUCUUGGGAUGCCAGAACGUGUCAUUGGGGCGUCCAUAAACCUCCCAUUCUGGAGUGCAAUGCUGGAAUAUCCCACUUUCUCGGUAACCUAUGAAUCUGGGAUCGACAAUGUUCCUCGUUUUGAUGCCCAUAUUGAGGUGUACAGCAUGACAAAGUCUGUUCGGGUCAAAUAUGACACCCCCUAUAUCAAGGGUUUGCCGGUGACCAUGGUUGUCUGCGAAAACGUCGAUGGAGUAUACAGAGAGUCGACUGUCAAGCGGACCUAUGAAGAUCCUUAUACCUUGGAAAUGAAAGAACUGUACCAGAUGGUUGCCGACGGAAAGGAAGUGAAGACCACUGCGAAGGAUGCAAAGAUGGAUCUGAGGAUUUUUCAAAUGAUCAUUAAGGCCGGGACUAGGCCCUAACCUUAGACUGGGUAAUAAUCUUAGGGGUAUCAUAAUUGCCUCGCAAGCCUGCAGGAU